GGGUUCCCGGCCCAGUGCGUGUGGGGAGGGGGCACGCGCCGGGGACUCCCGAGUGGCGUGGUCGUCCCGCGUCGUGGGGAGAGCGGCUCGGCGGGCCCGGGCGAGGACGGACUGCCGGGCUCACGGCCGCGGGCGGCGAGUGCUCGGGGCCGCAGUUCCCGUGUCGGGCCUCGGCAGGAAGCGCGCCGGCCUGCAGCGCGGCCUAACCGUCUUCGCGCCCGCAGCCCGCCUGCCCGCCCGCCGGCCGGCCUGUCUCCCCGCACGCUCCCGGGACGGCCAGCUCGCGCGGGCCCAGGGCGCUGCCCCGGGCCUGAGCAGACUAAUAGGGAUGCCAAAGGAAAAAUAUGAUCCUCCAGAUCCUCGCAGAAUUUAUACCAUCAUGUCAGCAGAGGAGGUAGCCAAUGGGAAAAAAUCUCACUGGGCAGAAUUAGAAAUCUCGGGUAGAGUGCGUAGCUUAAGUACAUCUCUCUGGUCAUUGACACACUUGACAGCAUUGCACCUAAAUGACAAUAACCUUGCUCGCAUUCCACCUGAUAUUGCCAAGCUUCAUAAUCUGGUUUACCUGGAUCUGUCAUCCAAUAAACUCAGAAGUUUACCAGCAGAACUAGGAAACAUGGUGUCUCUCAGGGAAUUGCUUUUAAAUGACAAUUAUUUACGGGUUUUGCCUUAUGAACUUGGCCGGCUCUUCCAGCUACAAACUCUAGGUUUAACAGGCAAUCCUUUAUCACAGGAUAUUAUGAGCUUAUACCAAGACCCAGAUGGAACCCGAAAGCUACUGAACUUCAUGCUUGACAAUCUUGCAGUUCAUCCAGAGCAGCUCCCUCCGAGGCCAUGGGUUACAUUAAAAGAACGAGACCAAGUUCUGCCAUCAGCAUCAUUCACGGUUAUGUGUUACAAUGUGUUAUGUGAUAAAUACGCUACCCGGCAGCUAUAUGGCUAUUGCCCAUCCUGGGCAUUAAACUGGGAAUACAGGAAAAAGGGAAUUAUGGAAGAAAUUGUUAACUGGGACGCAGAUAUCAUUAGUCUUCAGGAAGUGGAAACAGAGCAAUACUUUACUCUCUUUCUGCCAGCAUUGAAGGAUCGUGGAUAUGAUGGAUUUUUUUCUCCAAAGUCACGUGCCAAAAUCAUGUCUGAGCAGGAAAGAAAACAUGUAGACGGUUGUGCAAUAUUCUUCAAAACGGAAAAAUUUACAUUGGUGCAGAAGCAUACAGUGGAAUUUAACCAAGUGGCAAUGGCUAAUUCAGAUGGAUCCGAAGCUAUGUUGAAUAGAGUGAUGACAAAAGAUAACAUUGGCGUUGCUGUGGUACUAGAGGUCCACAAAGAACUAUUUGGAACAGGUAUGAAGCCUAUUCAUGCUGCAGACAAACAGCUGCUUAUAGUGGCAAAUGCUCACAUGCAUUGGGACCCAGAGUAUUCUGAUGUGAAACUUAUUCAGACCAUGAUGUUUGUCUCAGAAGUUAAAAACAUUCUAGAGAAAGCCUCAAGUAGGCCUGGCAGCCCAACUGCAGAUCCCAACUCCAUCCCGCUGGUGCUAUGCGCAGAUCUUAACUCAUUGCCAGAUUCAGGUGUUGUGGAAUAUUUAAGCAAUGGAGGAGUAGCUGACAACCAUAAAGACUUCAAGGAACUAAGGUAUAAUGAAUGUCUUAUGAACUUCAGCUGCAGUGGAAAGAAUGGAAGCUCCGAAGGGAGAAUCACACAUGGCUUCCAACUUAAGAGCGCCUAUGAAAAUAACUUGAUGCCUUAUACCAAUUACACCUUUGAUUUCAAAGGCGUGAUUGACUACAUUUUCUAUUCCAAGACUCAUAUGAACGUGCUUGGUGUCCUGGGGCCUUUAGAUCCUCAAUGGCUGGUUGAGAACAACAUCACUGGGUGUCCACACCCUCACAUCCCUUCAGACCACUUCUCACUGUUAACACAACUUGAACUCCACCCUCCACUCCUGCCUCUUGUUAAUGGUGUUCACUUGCCUAAUCGGAGGUAGUGGAGUACUGCCCCGCAAAGACGGGAAUCUGUUGCUAUGGACCUGUACAGUUGUAAAUCAAAGUAUGUAGGAGUGAAGUAUGGCCAUCCUUAAGCUGCUUCUUCAGGUUCCUUUCAUUAUGUGUUUGCUAUAAGACUUUGUAUAUUUUUGUGCAUACUGAUAACAUUUGGCACUAGGGCUGGAACCAAAGUAUUAUUGUCUAUCUCUAUCCAAAAUUUAACAUAUUUUUAAUUGGAUUUCUUCAUAUUAUAUUAGAGCCACUAUCCAUAAUUGAUAGAUCACUAAUUUGAAAUCCAACAUCAGUGUAUUUGUUUUCAAAUAAGCCAAUCAUUUUUGUAAAAGACAAUUUUUACAAACUAUAAAUACCAAAUUUUAAAUUGAAUGAUGGCAUGCCUUAUAGGGAAAACUUGCUUGAGUUUCUGUUUUCCUUCAUAACAAACUGAUUUUUGGCCCCCAAGUAAUUUGCACAUUAACAAAGCACUUAAAUUUGCUUGAUUUGUACAUAAAAUAUGUUAUAGCCAACUAGCCAUAAGAAAAUUUGAGAAGUGGAAGGUAAUUGCACAACAUACUUUCAAAAUCAAGCAUUUAACAGUACAUAACAGUUUUUGGCCAAAUCCUGAUUGUUUUGUUCAACGAAUCACUUUUUUUUGGUCCUCCUAUUAGUUGUAAUCUUUUUAGAACUAUUAAAUCUAUGCCUGUCUUUCCAUUUUAUUUAUAAGGAAAUAGCCGGUAUAUACUGCCAUAUAUCUUGAAAGUAGAAUUUGGUAUGUUUAGGAUGCCCACAAAAUUAGUGUCUGGUAUUUUUUCAUUUUUCUCAUCUACUCUUCUUUUCUGUCUGAUUGUGCUGGAAAAAGAGAUACUAUAUGGUCUGUAUCAUUUUUUGCUACUACAGUGAAAUGUUUAAACAACUUGCUCACUGAAAAGGCCCUAAUUAAAGUUUCAGAAAGGUAAAGCCAUGCAAAUAUUUCACGUGUUUCCCAAAGUAAGUUAAAUGGCUGUUCAGUUGGGUUUUUUGAGAUAAUAAAGAGGAUAAUAGAGAGGACAGAUUUGGGGCAGUAGUAAUUGAAAACCUUGGAUCACUUUUUCUGACUCUAGCUGCCAAAUGGCCAUCAUAUGCUUUUAGUCUUUUUUCCAUUCUCUGGCCAGGUUUGAAUUAAGCUACUGGUUUAUUCCCAACUUUUGAUGCCUCUAGAUAUAUUGGAAUUACCGCCCGCCCCCCUUUAUUGUUGUUGCCCGGGAGGGGCCAUUUGAAAAUCUGACUUAAGAGGCAGUGAACAUAAAUACCAUUUUGUGGGGAGAAAAUUGGUUGGUGACUUGUUGUUAAUUAUGGCACAGUGACAUUGGAAAAGGUUGUGUCUGUGUUUUUAAGUUUUUCCUUAUUCUGCUUUUUUGCUGCUAUAAGAGUUUUCUGAAAUUUAUAUUUUAAACUUUUCAUGCACUUUACUGUUUCUAGUAUCAAAAUGUGAUAUUUUUAAUAAACAAGAAAUUUUCCAUUAUGUGAAUGAAAUUUUAAAAGAAAAUAGCCUAUAUUUGUGUCUCACUAAUAUAUAAAGUACAAGUCAAAUUUAAAUUAUUUAAUUAGUUUUAAAUAUAUACAAAUUGUUUCCUCUUUCAAACCUGACAUCUUAGGCUGUUUUAUUAGUCUUAAAUGAUACAUUUCCUCUGGUCAUUUUGUACUAAUUUCUUCCAUAGUAAACUAAUCAGGCUAUAUAAAAUAAUAUUUCCCCUGAAGGGUAAUUUAAGUGGGAUGAGGGUGGUGGGAUGAUGUAAUAUCACACAGGAUUGCAUCCAAAAGGAUUCUGUAGAGCCCAAACUCCCUUUUAAAAGUGCCUAGUGAUGGAGGCGUUGUUUGUCAUCUAUUGUAAUUGGAAUGUCAUUGUAGUUCACUGAAGUUUGUUGUAAAUAAAAUGUUCUUUUAAAAAUGUCAAAGUACCUGAAUAAACAAAUGAGAAGAAACAACUCUUAAGAUGACAGAUUUUCCUCAAAGUUCAGGUAUCCCUUCUUAUAUACCUCAAGCAUCCAACAUCUAGCCAUGCAAAUUGAUUACCUGAAGCAUAGUACUGGAAAGUAGAAUAGCAUGAAAAACUUAAUUUUGUGGACAUUACCUUUUUUUUUAAUCAGCUACUGUAUGUUUUAUUUUAGAACUUUUGUUUUGGGUGGGUUUUCUGCUCUGGAGGUAUAUGCACUAGCAAAACAUUUUCCUCCUUUCAUAUACGCAUGUUAAUUAGCAAUGUGAGCAAUAUUUCCUACCAUACUUCACUCCCAAUAUUUUUUGAGAUGUUUGUAUAAAAUGGAAUUUAAAGUUCACUUAUGAUUGUAUAUGAACCACAGAGGAGCCCAUUUAUUAAUAAAAAUCUUUUUUAAUAGUUAAAUGUAGAGGGGAAAAAAUAAAAAAAAAUUGGGAAACAUUGUAAACAGCUUAAGUUUAUUUUGUGUAUGAUCGAGGCACUCUGUUGCAAGAAGGUGUGUAAUUGGGUUCUCUCUGCUUCCAAAUGCACUCUUUCAAACCAUUCAUUAUCCUGUGUAUUUUUAAUGUGGUUUUAGUAAAUGUUGGUAGUAGCUCUGAUGAAAUAGGUAAUUGUGUUAUAUUUUGGAUGGCACACACUUGGGGCAUGGUAACCCAAAUUUCAUGUGCACGGUUUCCCUUUAGCCUCCUGCCCAAAUUUCAUACACUGUUCACCCUUUGUUCCUUUGUAAAAGGAGUGGUAUCUGUUUUGAGCUGCCAGUUCAGAUGAUCAGAAAUGCUGCUUGUCCUCAGCAUUAUCUUGUUAAAUGCAUGCCAUUUGGAACUUUGGCAGUGAGAAGCCCAAAAGACAGGUGAAUGACAUGGUAUAUAAUCAAUGAAAGUGAAAUAAAUAUAUACUCAUAUACUUUUUAGUUCUCAGAAUAAGUUAAUAAGCUUUAUGCCAUUGGGCUGCUGCAUAUUUUAUCUGGUGAUAAAAGAAACUUUGGGCAUUUUUAGGUUGUGAUACAUAUCUUUUAAACUGUUAAAUAUGAUUUCUGGUAAUUGUCUUAAGAACCAGAUUGUUCUUUACAUUUAAUAAAACGGUGUUGUUUGAGGAAGAGGAAACUGCACUGUUUGCCAUUUAACAGUUAUACAAGUGCAUGUUAAGUCACCCACUGUCAGGCAUCAGUAUCCGCCUCAUAGCUUUAUACAUUUUGUUGGGGAAUUUUGCAGCAUCCUCAGGACUGACAUCUGGAAAAGGCUCAAAUCUACUUACUGCUCCUUGCUUGUUGACUUUGUUUUAAAAUAUUGUGCCUGGUGUCAACUUUUAAGCAACAGCACUGCCUAAACGCAAGCAGAGAACAGAAUCCCAGCACCAUUCUAUAGGCAACUUUUUAGAAUUCAGAUAUAGUAAAUGUGUUCAAGAUUUAUGAAGUUUUAUGUAAAAAGAUUUUGUACAACAUAGCUGAAUAUUUUUGUUUCAUUUCUUUGAUGUAAGGCGUGUGAGCAUUCGUUUGAAUAUCACAUGUUAAAGUCAGGUAUGGCACAAUGGGUUCUGAGACCAGCUUUUUCCCUUCCCAUUUGCCUUGUUCCAAGCUCUUUCUUUUCAAAUUACUUUUCUGAUAUUCAUAGGCAGAUAUUUAAUUUUACUAAUAAGUAUCCUGUGUGAAUGUAUUUUAAAAGCCACUGUUUGACUAUUAUAGUUUGUAGAAAUAUGAAGCUCCAUUUCUUAUUUGCCCCUAUCUUCUGUUGUCUUAAAGUCAUAUAUUAUCACUAACAAGGGAGAAAGUUGAAAAAUACCCGACUCAUAUCACUUGAUACUGUGACAGAUUAUCUUAAAAUUGAGAGUGUGGCACAUCAAAGCUAGCGCAUGGACAAAACUUGUGUCCAUUUAAAAUUUUUGAGUACAUAUUGUAUUACAUUUCCAAGAAUUUCUAAAAAAUCACAAAUACCAUCUGUACAUUCAGUAUCAAAUAACAAAGAGAAGGGAAAGCACAAAAAAAAAAUAGGUUGAACAUAUUUGUUGAAGGAACCAGGGACAUGUGGUUUCAUUCCUAAUACGAAGCUAGAUUUCCUUGUGUUCAAAAUUGACUUUGUCUGAAUAUUUAUUUGAUUCUAAGGUUUUAUAUUCUGGGUUUUCAAAAUAUUUUAAUAGCUUUGCAAAGUAUGCUAACUGGUAGCUUCAGUCACAGGAAAACAAGUUUUUAUUCAGCAAUGGUUCUGUAGCAAGCAAAGUCUCUAUGUCACAUUUUCAAAGUAACAUGUUUUGACUAAAAUGUGAAUUGUCAUAUUUGUAAGGUUCCUUCCCCCAUAAAACCCAAAGCAUCACCUUU